AUGCUGCUUGGCCUACACAUCAAAGAUGCCCACUUUUCGACGACUACUUGGGUGCUCCAGUCCGCGCAGGCUGCGUUCCAAAUUCUGUCAGAUCUUCAUCUCGAGACGGGAAACCAGUAUAAGAGUUUCCAGGUUCCAGUUCAAGCCCCUAUUCUCAUCUUGGCUGGUGACAUUGGCAGGCUGCACGACUACGAAAAUUACCUGUUCUUCAUAAGUACACAAUGCGCCAACUUUGACCAAGUGUGUCUCGUCCUUGGAAAUCACGAGUUCUAUGGCGUUUCACGAGCUGAAGGCCUAGAGCUCGCCUACAGGUUGCAGAGAGAGCCAAGUACGCUAGGAAAGCUGUCUGUCCUCAACCGGACAAGGUUGGACGUCGACCCGUCCAUCUGUGUGCUUGGUUGCACUCUCCAGUCACAUAUACGAACAGAAAACCGAGCUGAGGUGCAGAGCCGGAUCAAAGACUUUCGAAGAAUACAUGAUUGGAGUGUCGACGAUCACAACACUGAACACGCUAAGGACUUGGAGUGGCUGCGGAAUGAGGUUGACUUGAUCAGACUUGAAUCCAAGCGACUUAGUCGAGAGAAAACCAUCCUUGUCAUCACCCACCACGCCCCCAUCAGGAAAGGAAGCAGUCAUCCCAAGCACGAGGAAAAUCCAUGGGCCGACGGGUUUGCUACAGAUUUACUCGGAGUUCCUGAAGGAAUUAGCAGAGUAGAUUGGUGGAUCUUUGGUCACACACACUUCACGAACCAGUGGCGGCAGCAUGGCGUCAACCUCGUCAGCAAUCAGCGAGGCUAUGCAUUCAACACUGGCAAUGAAGCUCAGCUCUCGCAAGAGCCUUACCAACAACGUAUUUGGCGAAUCAUCUCGUCUUCAUUCACAAGGGAAAUGCGCUUCGAUCCACGAAAAUGCAUUGAAGUCAAAGCUUUGUAG